AUGUUAUCAAAAGACUUGUGUAAACCGGACAGCUUCAAAUUUCAAGAUGACUCUUUUCCAACCAAGGAGAAUCAUUCGAGAACAGAAGUAGAAGCUGAUCUGACGUCAACUAUUGCGCCUGAUGGUGGCCUACAAGCCUGGCUCGUCGCUGCAGGUGCGGCCUGUAUCUUCUUCUCGUGUCUCGGCUUCGCCAAUUCAUUCGGCGUCCUUCAAGAAUACUACAUGACGCAUCAGCUUCGAGGUCACUCAGCAGAUGCAGUUGCAUGGAUCGGAUCUGUCUCGACAUUUAUCCAGUUUUCUGCUGGAGCAUUGAGUGGGCCAUUGUUUGAUCGCUACGGAGCUUGGGUGAUCAGGCCAGCUGCAGUUACAUACGUCUUUGCAAUAAUGAUGACAAGUUUAUGCACAGAGUACUGGCACUUUAUGCUUGCCCAAGGCGUCUUGAUGGGUAGUGCCAUGGCAUUUCUCCAGAUCCCAGCCUUUGCAGCUGUCUCUCAGUACUUUGACAAGAAACGAGCAGCGGCAUUUGGAAUAGCAGUCUCGGGCUCUUCCAUUGGCGGAGUUGUCUUUCCAAUUGCCCUGUCCAAGAUGCUGAAUGACUCUUCACUUGGUUUUGGUACAAUCAUUUCCGGUGUCUCUGCAGCCUUUACCCUUGUGGUGAAGGACCCUCGGGAUAAUGGUACGUAUAUGGGAAUGGGUCUGGCAGUUAGCUCUCUUGCCGCUUUGAUCGGACCGCCUGUCAAUGGUGCUCUUAUCGAUCGAUAUGGAGGCGAGAUCGUCAACGCCUAUCGGUCUGAGCGACUAGAGUACAUAAAAGCUGACAAAAACGAUGCAAAUCUCCAAAAGGUAGCCUUGGAGAUCUUGAAAGACCCUGUUAUUCAGGCUCUCACUGCGCCCACGAUACUUCAACCCAAGGGCCAAAAAGAAUGCGACUCGUACCUUGAAUCUGUCUGCGACUCCCUCCUAGGCGUCGCCAUCUGUCUACGCGAUGAAAACUCGGAAACACUUACUAUUAUUGGUGUCAUGUGCAUUGGCUGGGGCGGCAUUUCUCCCACCGUUGUCCAUCAUCGCAAUGCCGAAAUCGGCAUCACUCUUCUGAAGGAGCACCAGGGCCAAGGUUAUGGAAGGGAGGCCAUCAACUGGAUACUAGACUGGGGUUUUCGACAUGCCGGUCUGCACACAAUCGGAAUCUCAACUGCUUCGUAUAACCCACGGGCUGUUCAUCUUUACGAGAGUAUGGGGUUUGUACAUGAGGGAAUAAGAAGGCAACAGAUCUGGCAGAACCGUGGAUGGCAUGAUUUGAUCAACUUGGGAAUGACGGAAAGGGAAUGGGAGAUUCUGCGUGGAUUGCCACAGCUACAGAAUUCAUGA